ACCGGCUCUGCUCCAGUCUGGACUUUAACAGCGUUGUUGAGAGUCUCCUUUGUUUUCCUCCACGUUUUAAUGAAACCUCCUCUGAACGCUUCGUGUGGGAGAAGGUGAGUGAAGAACUCGAGUGGACAGAGUCUCCUGGAGGUCCACGUGAAGCUGGACUCAUGAAAACAGGCGAGUGACGCAGGUUUCUACACGAGACACGAGCAAAGACCCAGUGACCUGAUCCUGAAUCUGGACAAGGAAGCUCUGAGCGGAAAAGACUGAUGCUGAAGUCGCUUUGAACAUGACCAUGAAAAUGGACGUCCCUUACAAUCAGCUGGUGAACGUGGAGGAGAAGAGGCAAGAGAGCAGAAAAACACUGAUGUACUCCCGGUGGGUGCUGGCACUGGCCACAUUAGCCACGGUGCUGCUGGCUGCCAUGGCCAUCUAUGACCUCCUCACGCCCAGGUUGACCUCGGCCCCCCCGGCCCCGAGCAGCAGCCUCCGUCUGCCCACGGCCGAGUCCUGCUCCGACCCCUGCAAGAUGGUUCUGGUGGAGAGUAUCCCUGAAGGUCUGGAGUUCAACUCCAGCACCACUCACCCCUCCAUCUUCCAGGCCUGGCUCAGUCUGGCAGCAGAGGCUCGCAGCAGUCUCGACAUCGCCUCCUUCUACUGGACGCUCACCAACAAAGACACUGGCACCCAGGAGCCGUCAGCCUAUCAGGGUGAAACCGUCCUGCAGAAACUGGCUGAGCUUUCAGGGAAGGUGUCGGUUCGUAUCGCCGUCAACACGCCGCAGGCGAGUCAACCUCAGGACGACCUCCGGCUGCUCAACCGCUCAGGAGCUGACAUCAGGACAGUGAACAUGAGAGAGCUCACUUCAGGCGUCCUACACACUAAGUUCUGGGUCGUGGACAAGAAACACAUUUACAUCGGCAGUGCCAACAUGGACUGGAGGUCCCUCACACAGGUGAAGGAGCUCGGCGUGGUCGUCUACAACUGCAGCUGUUUGGCUGAAGACUUGAGUAAGAUCUUUGAUGCCUAUUGGUUCCUGGGGGAGAGUCAGUCGAUCCCAUCGCCGUGGCCAAUCAGCUUCUCCACCCUCUACAACAAGGACACGCCUCUGCAGCUGACCAACACGCCGGCCAGCGUUUAUCUAUCGAGUUCCCCCCCGUCAUUCUGUGCCGCCGGCCGGACUCCAGACCUCCAGUCCGUCCUCAGCGUGAUGGACGAUGCUCACAGCUUCAUCUACAUCGCUGUGAUGAACUACCUGCCCACCAUGGAGUUCUCCCACCCUAAAAGGUACUGGGCAGACAUUGACACCCAGCUGAGGAGAGUGGCCUACGAGAAGCGGGUCAAAGUUCGCCUGUUGAUCAGCUGCUGGGCGAGCACCCAGCCCGUCAUGAUCCCCUUCCUGAAGUCCCUGGCCUCCGUUUACGAGCCCAAGAGCAAUCUUGACAUCCAGGUGAGGCUGUUCGUGGUUCCUGCCAGCCCCAAGCAGAAGGAGAUCCCCUUCGCCAGAGUCAACCACAACAAGUACAUGGUGACGGACAAGGUCGCGUAUAUAGGUACGUCGAACUGGUCAGGUGACUACUUCAUGAGCACCGCUGGCUCGGCACUGGUUGUCAAUCAGACCGCAUCCCAGUCCCCGGAGCCGACCCUCCAAUCCCAGCUGAAGGACGUGUUUGAGAGGGACUGGAACUCCGACUACAGCACGCCUCUCACCCAGCACUCAGACCUCAAAGUCGUCAGUUAGUUUCCACAGCCAAUAGUUCAGAAGGAGGAGGAGGAGCUGCACCACAGUUCAGCUCCUCAGUUUAACGUGAACAGAGCUGGAGUUGCACACCUAUGUCUUCAGAUUCUCGAAUACAAAAAAAACCCUGAGCUGAAACCUCAGACGAGCCCUCGUAGGAGCCACGUUUUCUCUGUGUGCUUGGGUCCAAAGAAAGAGAAUAAAACUUCCAGUUCACUUGUUUUAUCACAAGUUUUAGUGCCAAACUCCACCAUGAGAGAAAUACGCCCUCAAACCACUCAACAGCUCAGAAACUGUUCCAGGCUACUUCAGUGUUACUAAGGCGAGAGAGGCUUUACCUCUCUUUGCUGUUCCGAUCAAAACUGACCUUUUGGUUUCACCCUUUUUAAUUAGGGCCCGAGCACUGACAGGCACUGACAGACGUGAGGCCCUAUUGAAAUUGUAAGGAUUAAUUGGCAGUCCUACCAAUUUAAGUAUUUUUCAUGAAAUCCAAUCAGUUCCAUUGCCUGCAUGUCAUCAAACAAAUAAACAAUGUUUCCCAAA